AUGUGCAUGGAAAUGAAUUUACAAACCCUAUUUCAGGAUUUUAAUCCUAGCAAAUUCGUCGUACACAGUUGUUUACUGGUUUUCACAGCUCUGUUAGCUUUAAAGUUGGACGAGGCCAUAUCAUGGUCGUACUGGGCUGUGUUUACACCCAUAUGGGUGUGGAAAUUCCUCGUUGUUUUGGGUGCUACAGUGGGGACGUAUGUUUGGUGGCAGUACCCCCACUUCAGGUUAGAAGGCGAAGCAUACAUCCACUACAAAGCAAUGCUAAUAAGUUUGGCCAUCCACUUGAUCUUGCUCAUGUUUGAGCUGCUGGUCUGUGAUCAGAUGACUUCAGGGCGCCAUGUGUGGAUCUUAGUCUUCAUCCCGCUUAUCUUCAUUAGCAUUGUCUCUAUUGCCAUUUGCAUAUGGUCUGUAAAGCACGAUAGGAGUUAUGAGUUGGAGUUAUUUUGCGCCGUAAAUAUCCUCCAGUUUAUAUUCCUAGCUUUGAAACUGGAUGGCUUUAUCCAAUGGUCGUGGGAGGUUGUGUUUGUACCGCUCUGGAUACUUAUGUGCCUCAGUCUAGUGGGGGUGUUAUACAGUAUCAUAUUUGCUGGCAUACUGUUGCGUACACCGGAGGUGAACAUACAGCAGCGUCGCACCAGCUUCAAUUCAGCACUGGCAUACACGUUCACUGUCAUACCUAUUCUAGCAUUUCAGGUACUAUUGACAAAUAAACUGGACGACGGAAUAUCACUGUCGUACACCGUGGUCGUGAGUCCACUCUUUGUCAGUUAUGGGACGCUCAUCAUUAUGUCCUUCAGUUCGAAAGGAGGGAAUAAAUGGUGGUUUGGCAUAAGGAAAGAUUUCUGCCAUUUCCUACUGUCGGUAUUCCCGUUACUCCAGGAAUACGCAAACAUCGCGUAUAAUAAUAACGUAAAUCGAGGCUCCAAUGUAAUACCUACGGAGCCACCCGUCAAUCAGGAGCCUUAUAGAGACGAGGAGGUCAAAACCGUCAAAGAGAGUAAAAAAGGAGUCAAGAAUCAGAAGAAAAAUGAAGCUAUGAAACCAGUUGUACCUAUAACGAGUAUAGACAUGCCAGACUGAUAUGCUGGACUCAUGAAAUCGAUGAUAUUAACGUGUGUUCACUUGUUUAUAUUAGUUUCGUUUUAGUGGGAUUUAUUUUACAGAUGUUAUUGGAAGUUUAAUAUUGUUUUAUCACGUUUUGCCUAUAAUCCAGUGGGACCGCUAAUAAUUUUAUUUCCGUAUAGAUGGUACUUAGUUAUGAAAUCAUUUCGAUGAUUUGUUACUGGGUGUAAACCCAAUGUCACUUAAAGAUGAAGCCGUUGCGUUGACCUAUGAUAAUGGAUAGAGCCCAAUGGCGCUUAAAGAUGAAAUCGUUGCG